UUAAUUCGUCGAUCAUUUAUUGAAUGAAAAGGUUCCGAACGGAAUCUGGCAUUCUUUGACAUGGUCUUUUGGUUAGCCUUUAUAGUUUUUCUUAGUGUAGUGAGUUCUGGAUACAGUAAUGCAGACCAACCCCCUUGUCCACAAGUUGAUGGGCCAGAUUCCAUUUAUUUUCCUGACGCCGAUUGCACAAAAUUUUGGCAAUGUUCAAACGGAGUGGCUUACAGUAAAAAUUGCUCUGGCGAUCUACAUUUCAAUCCAGUUUUAAAUGUGUGUGAUUGGCCAGCGAGUGCAGGUUGCACGGGUAAAGGAUGGGCUCCAUCGACAACAACUCCUACGAGUACAACAACUAAAAUUACUACAACGACGACAUCUGCUCCCACAACAACGACGGAAGUUACGACGACGUCCACCACAACUACUCCAAAACCGACAACAACGACGACAUCUACGACAACUACCCCCAAGUCAACAAUAACAUCAACUUUACCACCUACCACCACUACAAAGUCCACAACAACUUCAAUUAUUACGACGUCUACUAUUCCCGCAUCCACAACGACUCCUAGUCCAACAAAUUCCGAUGAAGGAUCAGUGGUUUGCCCUCCGAUUGACGGCGAAUAUCCGGUAUAUAUUCCUGAUGAAGAUUGUACGAAGUUUUGGCAAUGUUCUAAUGGAAAACCGUACCUGCACCCUUGUCCAGAUGAAUUACACUUCAACCCAACUCUAAAUGUCUGCGACCAUCCUCAAGAUGCGGGUUGCCUUGGAAAUAACGAAAACGUAACAACUCAACCACAAGAAACAACAAGACAGCAGAAUGAAACCAACCCUUCAACAACUACAAGUAAUUCUGGAGUGGAAAUAAAUUCUACCCAAGAUGAUAGUUCAGUCAUACCUUCUUCAACAAUAAAGCCAGGGUCUAGUAGCGCAGAAGCCGUAGAGUGCCCUCCAGUAGAUGGUGAAUACCCGACGUACAUUCCCGAUGAAGAUUGCUCAAAGUUUUGGCAGUGUUCUAACGGCAAGCCAUAUUUGCACGCAUGUCCAGACGAUUUACAUUUUAAUCCUACACUCAACGUAUGUGAUCGGCCAGAAGACGCUGGAUGCUCUGAACAAAAUGUCUACACGACUACAUCUCCUCCCAAGAACGAACCAACUGAGGCCGAGCAGACAACAAAAACAAAUUUUGAGACUACCCAUACCAUUGAAGAGUUAACCACAAAUGACCAAGCUACAACUAAGUCGGUCAACCAAGACACAACUCUGUCGGAUGAAGAAACAACCACUGAAGCUGGAGUAGAAACAACAAGUCAAAUAAUUAACUCUACUACUUCAGGUGAUGGGUCUACCACAGAUGUUGCUUCAGAAAGUUCAUCUUCGUCUACCACAGCCAAUGCGGUUGAAUGUCCCCCUGUAGACGGCGAAUAUCCCGUUUAUAUUCCGCAUGAAGACUGUACCAAGUUUUGGCAAUGUUCGAACGGGAAACCUUACCUACAAAAUUGUACAGAUGAUCUUCACUUUAAUCCGACUCUAAAUGUAUGCGACUGGCCUCAAGACGCAGGGUGCGUAAGUGGUGAAGCAAACACAAAUGCUACGACUUCAAGUCAAACGAAAGUAACGGAGGCUGUUACAACGACCAGCGUCGGAGGCGAGUCCACCACCGAAAUUCUUACUACCGACUAUUCUACUUCCCCCAACGUAAAUGAUUUAACUACUACAGAAAUCUGGAAUAUUGAAUCCACUACCGAAGAAGCAGUUACUACUGAACUGCUACCUUCACAAACGAAUGAAGUAGAUGAUGAAACAACUACAAAUGACGCCCAGACUACAGAGGACAUAAACUCCUCAGAAAGCACAGAAAAGUCCACCACAGAAGAAGAACAAACUACAACAGAUGUCGAAGACAUCAGUACUACAACAGAACUCCCUUAUUCAACAACGGAAAAUGAUUUAUUUACAACGGAUGCCGAAUCUGAAUCUGAUGUGUCGGAAGAAACUACCAACAUAGAACUUACCACAGAACCUUCUAUUCCAAACGAACCAGAGUGUCCCGCUGUUGACGGAGACUAUCCCACUUACAUUCCACAUGAAGACUGUUCGAAAUUUUGGCAAUGCUCCAAUGGAGAAGCAUAUUUACAUAACUGUCCUGACGAGUUGCACUUUAAUCCGACUCUCAACGUCUGCGAUUGGCCUGAAAAUGCGGGCUGUACUGGUGGACAUAUAGAAUCCACUCCAGCAGGGAAUGACGAGUCGGGUGAAGGUGAAGUGACAACUGAGUCUGCCACAGAAAAUCAAACCGAAGUUGAAACUACGAAUACAACCACGGAAUCACCGAUUAGCACUCAAGAAAAUAAUGACUUUACUACAACAGAUGCUGAUGUAGAAACCACCACAGAAGAUCAGACUACAACAGAAAGUGAAGGUGCGAAUACAACCACGGAAUCAUCGAUUACCACUCAAGAAGAUGAUGAGUUGACUACAACAGAUGCUGAUCUAGAAAGCACCACAGAAGAUCAGACUACAAUAGAAAAUGAAUCUGUGAAUACAACGGAAUCAUCGAUUACUACUGAAAAUGAUAAUGAAUUGACUAAUACAGACGCUGAUGUUGAAGUCAAUACGCAAAAGAAAUCAACGACUGAACUAAUAACGACUGAAAAUGACGUUAACACUGCUACAAACAAUCCGUCGGAAACACCAGAAUGUCCUCCAGUUGACGGCGAGUACCCUACGUAUAUUCCACAUGAAGAUUGCUCCAAAUUUUGGCAAUGUUCGAACGGCAUACCUUAUUUGCAUAAUUGCUCUACGGGCUUGCAUUUCAAUCCAGUUCUUAACGUAUGCGAUAGGCCACAGGAUGCGGGAUGUGCCUCCGGCGAACGAACUACCGUACCGUAUAUUACAACUACUGGUGGUAAUGUUCAAUCUAGCACACAGGAAGACACCACUGAAUCAGCUGAUACAACUAGCACUGCUGAUGCCCAAUCGAAUAACGAACAAGCUGACUUAACUACCCCGGCAGAUAUCCAAUCGAGUAUACAAGAUAACACUACAACUGAGGGUGUUGAAAAUCAGACGACCACUACGACUGCUGAAGAGACAACUUCGAAUAUUGUUACGUCUAGUGUCCCCAAUGUAACUGAUGAUGUCCAGCAAAGUACAGAUUCUGGUUCGAACAAUACCUGCAAUAAAGUGGCUUGUCCAGCCAUUGACGGCGAGUAUCCCGUUUAUAUUCCACACGAGGACUGUACCAAAUUUUGUCAGUGUUCAAACGGGGUGCCAUAUUUAUUCGAUUGUCCGGGUGAUCUACAUUUUAAUGCGGUUCUGAAUGUUUGCGAUUGGCCUGAGAACGCCGGGUGUGUCGGACAAGUCCCGAGCUCAACCACCGACGCCUCAGGCUCUGGCUUUACAAGUGUGAGUACAUCUGUAAUAAACCCGGAAGUGUCUCCAAUAUUCACUUCAACAAUUUUCAAAGAAACAAGCACUCAAUCACAAACGACAUUAAAACCAACAACGACAACCAAAGAGGAACCGACCAAUCAACCAACAUCAUCCCUAACGGAGUCGAUCGCUUCGUCAACGCUGAAACCAUCAGCAACAACCACCAGAGAAUCACCAACCAACGAACCACCAUCACCAAGCACAACUCCACAAGCCACAUCGUCCGUAACAGAAUCAAUCGCUCCGACAACUCCAAAACCAUCGACAACCACAACCAGAGAAUCCACAACCAACCAACCAACAUCACCAGGCACAACUCCCCAACCUGCACCGACCGUAACAGAAUCAAUCGCUCCGACAACUCAAAAACCAUCAACAACGACAACCACGGAAUUGACAACCAACAAACCAACAUCACCCAGUACAACUCCACAACCAACACCGUCCGUAACGGAAUCAAUCGCUCCGCCAACCGAGAAUCCAACAACCACUGAACCAUCUGAUCCAUCUGAUGUGAGUUACGUCUGCAAAGGGAAACCGACCGACUUUUUCUUGAGCCCUCAUCCCACUGAUUGCGGAUUAUACAUUGCAUGCGACCACGGUAAAUCAGAUGUGAUGCCGUGCCCCGCAGGAUUACACUUCAGUCCUACAAUAUACAAUUGCAUAAGGCCAGAGGAGGCAGGAUGUACAGUGGCUAAUUAAACGAUUGGUAUUGUUAUUACGGACUAGUUAGUAAAUAAAACGUCCUUCGUACUCAUAGUUUUUAUUUUAUAACUUGCAAUUUCGCAGUUUUUUAAGACUAUAUCCUUUAUAAACUGUUGAAUUUAUAUUUAUUGCCAAAAUAAAUUAUUGUCUUUCGUAUAUUGUUGAGGAGUUUUUAAAUUUGAGUAAGAGUAAGCAAAAUUUCCUUUCAAAAUGUGUAGCGGACGUUAUCCGGUAGAAUA